AGUGGUUAGAAGCUUAUAUGCAAAUAUGAGAAGAACUAUCCUUACCUCUGCAGGGAGAUGCAGUCGAUCAAAUCGUAGCAAAGAGGGAUGAUGAUGGCAGCAAGGUAACUUCUAUUGUUGGGAAAUGUAUAUAGUGAUUGCUGAUUUCUCUCCACAGGAUAAUAUUGUUGUGAAGAAGACAUCAGGAGAUGGACAGAACCCCAUUAUGGUUCCUCUACUUUCCUUACUGGUGCCAGAAAGAAACAAUGAGCAGAAGAUUUUGGAAGUCACCCAGACGAUCGUUGGGCUUCUGAUGGAAGAGAGUGGAAACUGGAGCAAGUUUAAAGUUAGGAUCAAAAAAGAGAUAAAAGAAGAAAAAGAGGAGGAGGAUGUUGUGAUAAAGGAGAAGGAGUGUUUAGAAGGACACAAGGAUCUCUACAAGGACGUCAUGAUGGAGAAUCAGCCGCCCCUCACAUCACCGGAUAGAUCCAGUAAUGGGAACCCACCAGAGAGAUGUCCCCCUCCUCUGUAUUCCACACAGAAAGUUCAAACCGUCCCCCACCAUCAUCAGGGGGAAGAAGUGAUGGGUAUAAAAAUUGUGAUGAAAGAGGAAGAAGAGACAAUUGUGAUAGAUGAUCAGUUGCCUAUAAAAGAGGAUCAAAUGAGGGUGACGGUUACCAAGGAGGAAUCUUCUCUAGAUGGCAGUAUAGGAGGCCACAGAAGAUGGAAUACGUCAGAAGGACGUCUUCUUUUAUCUGCACAUUAUAACAAAGACGAUAAUGACACGGCGCACCAUUCUCCAGGAGUAAGCUUCGUUACUCAAAAUAUACAUCACAAACAUAAUCAUAUGGAUUAUGAAAACGCAUUUAUGAAAAACCACGAUCUGGUGGUACACCAGAGAUCCCACACCAGUGAAAAGCCCUUUUCGUGUUCCCAAUGCGAGAAACUCUUCAUAAGGAAAUCCGGACUUGCUCAACACCGGAGAACCCACACCGGGGAAAAGCCGUUUUCGUGUUCCGUUUGUGGGAAGUGUUUCAAAGAGUCGCAACUCAAUAGACACCACCGAGUCCACACCGGGGAGAAGCCCUUUUCAUGUUCUGAGUGUGGAAAGUGCUUCUCCGAUAAAGGGAACCGUGAUAAGCACAUGAGAAUUCACACCGGGGAGAGGCCGUUUUGCUGUCCGGAAUGCGGUAAAUGUUUUGCACAGAAAGUGACGCUAAUCAUCCACCAGAGAACACACAAUACCUGAGGACACGGAAAAACUUAUGGUGGAGUUUCAUAGACUGAACUGUUAUGUUCUUAGAACAAUCAUACAGAAACAAGUAAAGCAGUCAGAAAGGAUCAGCCAACCCAUGUGGAUUAUUUUCGUUUUAUGGUUGUUUGUGCUUCAUUAUUUAAAAAAUAGUUAAUUUUGA